CUACCUGUUGAAGGUUGGUUUGACUGUAUUGUUUUGUGUGAUGUGCUGUUGAUAACAAUUUCGAUUUCGAGCUCGUGAAAGAAACAAGUGUUUUCACAUUAUAACUGCCAUCGAAUGGAAUCAUCUUCCAAAUAAAGUUUUUUUUUUAACAAAAAUUUUCGCCAAUCAAAUUUUUUUACGAUAAUUUGGGAACUGUGUGCUAAUGAAAAUAUAGAAAAAAAAAACAUUUCGUUUGAAACGUAUCGACACCAGUAUCGACUAACACCGUCUUAAUAUUGGAAACGUUGUAUACUUUCCAUUUCGUUGUGGAAUUGAUGAACAAUUUUUUGUUUUUGUGUCCAUUUACUUGAAAGCCGUAUACGGUUUCAUGUGCUACGUUUGUUCGUUCGGUGAAUAUUUCGGAAGAUAGACAGUAAUUACGUGUAUAUUAUACCUGGAAAAUAAUAAUAAAAAAAAACUUUUGUUGUUUUUCCAUCCACAUAUGUGCUGCUGAAGCUGUGUAACCGUAGUCACUAGUGUGUGUCACAUGUGCUUAGAUCAUUUUUUCAUCGAAACUAGCAUUAAUUUUUGUGGAGAAUAAUAAUGAUCGUGUAAUGAAAUAUCUAUUGCGCGAGGAGUGUUGCUCAUGCGAUAAAAAUUAAAAAAAAAGAAAAAAUUUUAAUUUGAAAUUUUGAAAUCGUAAAAAUCAAUUAAUUUCGAGUGUGCUGUGCUGUGUGUUAAACAAACAAUUUGAUUUUGAUCAAACACACACAAAAAACCCAAUUCAUUUUACAAAACGUUAAAUUCAACAAGUGGUUCGCUGGAAGUUAUUCAAAUUUACGUGACAAUUGAUUGUUAAAUAGAAAUUGGUGGAAAAAUAUUUAAAAAAAAUGUCGAAAACAGAAAAUGGAAUUGUGCACACCUCUAGACUGUGUCACGUGAUCAAAGUGGACGAUUUCGAUGGAUAUGGUUUCAAUUUGCACGCAGAAAAGGGCAAACAAGGACAAUAUAUCGGUAAAGUGGACGACGGUUCACCAGCCGAACGGUCUGGUCUGAAACAAGGCGAUCGAAUCAUCGAAGUGAAUGGCGUUAACAUUGGCAAUGAAACUCACAAACAGGUGGUUCAACGAAUCAAGGCCAUUGCUUCCGAAGUUCAAUUACUCGUUGUCGAUCCAGCAGUUCCGGUAAACAAAGACAAUCGCAUCAUCGAACAAACAAACGGCUCUUCGACCACAGUCGGCAUAGACACCCCAGAUAAUGUUAAUAGUAAAAUUAAAACAUCGCCGCCAUCGUCGCCCACUAAAAUCACCGAAUCGAAACCCAGUCCGGACAUAGUCAUCCAAACCGUUUCAACGCCAUCAUCACCAAAAGAUCCAAAGGACGAUCAUAGUGUGACCAGCGGCAACAAUAGCAGUACAUCAUCGCCGCCCGUCAGUAUCGAAACAACGGAAACGCGAUCGAUGCCAUCCGCAUCGUCGGUCCAGUCGACGCCCGAACCGACGCCGCCGGUGAAGCAAUCCGAUCAGAAUGGCAGUGCUACCAAAUCGUCUCAUGGGUUAAAUUUGAAUAUGACUGCAGCUGAACUGCGGGCAAAAUUGGCCGCAAAGAAAAAAUUCGAUCCGAAAAAUGAUUCGGUUGAUCUACGAAAGAAAUUCGAAAUCGUUCAGAAAUUAUAAAAAAAAAAUUUAAUUAAAUAUGCAAAAAUGAUGAUGAAGCUGUGUAGAAUUUUUAAUCAAACUGGUUUGGCUCUAUAUAGUGAGUUUAUGAUAUACUACAUAUAUAAUGGUACACACAACUUGCGUUUUUAGCUUCUUUUUUUCGUGUUUCUUUUUCUUAUUCUUUUAAAACAUUUAUAUAAAUAUUUCGUCUUACUUGAGCCAGCCCCGUGCUUGCAUGUGUUGGUUUCAAAAAUAUAAUACAAAAAAAAGAAUUCAAAAAAAUAAUUAAAAAAUUUCGUCAAGUUUGUUUGGUUUGGUUUCUUGACAAAUUAAAUUUCAAGACAUCAUCUCUCAUGUGUCGUUUUCAUUUAUUUGUUAUUUAUUUGUAUGCAUGUUAAACUACACCGCAGUAUAAAUAAAUAAAAUAAAAAUUCUACCAGGCCCGAGAGUGCGAACGUGUAAACAUCACCUUUUUCUUAUCACUUUGAAAAAUUAUAAAAAAAAUAUAAUUUGUAAAUUUUUGUUGUCGCAUAGUCGCAUUCUGUAGAUAAAAAGUAAAAAAAAAAUAAU